UGCCUAUGGGACCCUUUUAACGAUGAUGAUGUUGAUGAAGUCAGGAAGAGAUUGAAUGGCACGGCGCCUCGAUCCAGAUUCGUUUCGCCGGCACCAUGACGUCACCCCGCCCGCGCGUCACGCUGCGCCGCGCAACCCGGAGUGGAUCUAUCCCCCCCCCCUCCACAACUCUCGAUUUCGGAUCCGGAUUUCGCGUAACUCGCAGGCGACGAGAAGACCUGGAGGCGCUCGCCGGACUCCGCGAACUGUCGCUGAACUCGACGAACGUCGCUCGAAACGAGUUGUCGGCCGGUUCGAACGAUACAGCAACGACGCAUUAAAAAAAAAGUUUAACUCCGCUCCGGCAUCCAGCGCAUUCGGCUUUCGAGACUCCGCUGCGGGGUUUCUUUCCCCCCACCCCGCAGCACCGCAUCAGCUCCUCUCCAGACAGCGAAGUCAUCGCUUCUGCAUCAGCAGUAGCAGCGGCAAGAACGAGGAGGGAAGAAGGAGGAGGAGAACUGAGUCGAGACCCAAGCUGACGGGCUCCUCCAGCAGCAGCGACAGCGCCCUUGACAGAAGCGACCAAGGUCCCGCACGACUCCUGCUGGGCCUCAAGACGUCUCCGCUCAGCCCGGCCCGGGGCCUCUCCUGGGCCGUGGGGGACGCGCGGCCCGGGGGUCCCCGCGGCCCCGCCGACAACAACCACGAGGAGAACGACAACAACAACAACUGCGGCGGCGACAACAACAGCAGCAGCACGGACGACCACCACCACCACAACAACAAGAGCAACAGCAACGUGGAAGAGGAGGAGGAGGACGACGAGGAGGACGACGAAGACAAGGAGGUUGAUAUGGCCACCACCGUGGCCACCACCGCAACCACCACCACCACCACGAGCAGCAGCAGCGGAAGGAGGAUCAGGAUGCGGGUCGGCUCCGGCGACGAGACGGGACCUUUGCUGGCCACCAUCGAGGGCAAAGACGUGGAGUACGAAGUGAGACAAAAGCGGCUGUGGGUGGGGAGGACCUCGAGCAGCGGCGACGAGGGGGGUGCCCACGUCACGGUGGGUCGCUCCAGCUUCGUGUCGCGCAGGCACCUCGAGAUGGCCUUCGUGCAUCCGCACUUCUUCCUGCGCUGCCUGGGCAAGAACGGCGUCUUCGUCGACGGCGUCUUCCAGCGGCGUGGAGCGGCGCCCCUGCAGCUGCCCGCUUCGUGCAUCUUGCGUUUCCCGAGCACCAACAUCCGGCUGACGUUCACGUCGUUGUGUGGCUCGCCCGAGCCCAGGCUGGAGGCGGGAGGGGGCCAGCAGCCGGACUCUACCGUGAACUCGGCGGACGCCUCCACCAUGCCGGCCGUGAUGGUGGCGGCGCCGGCGGGGUCGGUGCCGGCAGUGACGGCGGCAGCGGCGUCGCUCGACAGCGACCUGAGGGGGGCCCACUCCCCCCCACCCCAGCGGCAGUUCCUCCACCCGAUGUCGGCGGCCGCCAGCAUCUCCCCGCUCAAGCUGCACAUCCCUGAGCCGUCGCCGGACUGGGCGAGCCCCAUGCCGUCCCCCACGGGCACCAUCAGCGCCGCCAACUCGUGCCCGUCGAGCCCCCGCGGCGCCGGCUCCUCGGGCUACCGGCUGGUGCGUGGCUUCGCGCCCGACCUGCAGCUCGUGGCCGAGUACGCGGCGCGCGCCGUCUCGGAGCGCGAGCAGGAGCGCGGCGAGCGCGACGGCGCCCAGGCCGACAGCCCCAAGGACGGCUCGAAGCCCCCGUACUCGUACGCGCAGCUCAUCAUCCAGGCCAUCACGUCGGCGAGCGACAAGCAGCUCACGCUCAGCGGCAUCUACGCGCACAUCACCCACAACUACCCCUUCUACCGCAUGUCCGACAAGGGCUGGCAGAACUCGAUCCGGCACAACCUGUCGCUCAACCGCUACUUCGUGAAGGUGCCGCGCUCGCAGGAGGAGCCGGGCAAGGGCUCGUUCUGGCGCAUCGACCCCACGUGCCAGGCGAAGCUCACCGAGCAGGCCUUCAAGAAACGGCGGCAGCGCGGGGCCUCCUGUUUCCGCACGCCCUUUGGCCUCCUCUCCUCACGGAGCGCGCCCGCGUCGCCCAGCCACUCGGGCCUGCUGUCCCAGCCGCCCAGCGGCCUGCAGACCCCCGAGAGCCUCUCCCGCGAGGGCUCCCCGGCCCCACUCGAGGGGCCGGAGCCCCCCCUCGCUCCGGGGAACCCCAAGCCGCUGCCGGCGCCGCGGAACGACGUGCGCUACACGCAGAGCGCGCCAGGCUCUCCCGUGUCGAGCCACCCCGUGAUUUUCACAGCCCAGCACCCGCUGCCGGGCACCUUCAUUCGACCAAUCGCGUACAGCAUUGCGCAGCCGCUCUCCCACUCCCAGCAUGCCCUGGGGCUGCCCGCCCAUCUGAACCAGGCCAGCGGCCACUCCCAGCACGCAGUGCUGUCGGGUUACUUCGCGGCCGGGCCUGACGGGCCAUCGCCGUACGGCGGGUACUCCGUGCUGCGGCAAACGCUGGAGGAGAGGAAGGAGGAAGAGGAAGAAGAGCUCAGGCCGCUGCGCCCACCCGUGCUGAGCGCCGUGACGUCCGUGAUCCAGACGGCGGGGCCCAAUCCCCCGUGCGCUCCUCCGCACGGCUCCGUGUGGCUCGGUGGCCCCGGCGCCGCCGCCUCCUACCACCACCACCAACACCACCACCAGCAGCAGCAGCAGCAGCACCACGCGGAGAACGGCUUCCACAGCGCCACGGCGCUGCAGCCCCAGCGAGCGUCCAAUCCGCUGCAGCUGCUGGCGACGCAGGCCGGCAAGAGGCUGGUGCACGACGGAGACGGCGGGCAGGAUGCCGGUGAGCCGGACACCAAGCGCCACCACCCUGACGCUCAACAGCAGCACCAGCAGCACCAGCAGCACCAGCAGCAGCAGCAGUACGGGGAAGCCGGCGUGGCGCCGGCCAGCCCGCCACUCAGCCCGGCCGCAUCUCAGUCGCCCGUCGAGGAGGAGUGAAGCGACGCCACACGUGCCUUGUCGGAGAGCGCUAGCGGCGGACCGCGAGCGCCGUCCGCACGAUAAGUUUCCGCCGCGUUGUCUCCCGUGCGUGUCGUUUAUUUCGCGUUGCCGGAUAUUUUACUCUUUCCCAGUCGCCCGUCGAAUUAGGCUGUUUUAAAUUAGCAUCCCAGGCGUAUUUGAUUUUCAGUAUUUAUUGCUUUAUUUGUCUCUCUUCGGCGGGGGAGAGUUUUUAUCGUGUGUGUUGAGAGGCGAUCGGAACGAUAGAAAAAUAAAUCAGUUCAGGUUUUUUUUUUUUUUCACCAUUUGAGAAACCGUCGGGGUUAACGAGUGUCGCGUGCUGGGGUCGUGCGUGCCUACGCGACAAUACAGCGCAGGUCAGAGGCCAUCGCGCUGAGGUCAGAAGGUCGACGACGGGGGGUGUUGAGGUUGCCCCCGGAAAAUGAAUUGAGGGAUAAAAAACAUUUACAAUAAUAAUAAAAACGAUAAUCCAACGAGGCUCACAGUUGAAACGAAAACCUCGUUACGUUCUUUUUUCUUUCCUGUUCGGGGGGGACCAGG